CCGGCCGAAGGAAGAGGCGGCUGGAUGCGGGAGCCGCGGCUGCCGCUCAGAGACUGAGGCAGCAGCAUCACCAGCAGCAGACGCCUUGGCACCUCCCGGAGCUGCCCGAGGAUGCCCCGGGGCUUUUUGGUGAAGAGGAGUCGCAGACCUACGCCCAUCUCGUACAGGACGCGCUGUUCCUGCUACCCGGCCGCUGCGCUGGACGGAGACGAUCCGGGGCAGCUCUUGGUCCCCCCCCCUUUUCCCGCCCCUCAGUUCCCCAGCGCGGCUUCUGCCUCGGAAUCCGCUGAGGCGGCGCUUCUGCCUGCGCCCGCGGUGCCGCAGUUCGGGACGCCCGAGGGCCCCUCCUCGCCGGCGCCGCUGCACAGUCCGGCGCGGGCGGUGAGCGAGGAACGCAGCCUCCACCUCGCCUCGCCCGUCUCCGCCGAGUCCUUUCCGGCGCCGGAGCCGUUGCUCUUGGGCCCUGGAGGAGAGCUCAAGCUCUGGGCAGUCGCGGCCGCCGCCGCCAUCCGGUCCGAGGGCAGGAAGGCCAAGGCGGCCCGCAAGCUGCACUUCGAGGACGAGGUGACUACUUCCCCGGUGCUGGGGCUGCGGAUCAAAGAAGGGCCGCCGGAGCCUGCGCUGGCUGCGCAGCAACCGCAGCAGCAGCAGCAGCAGCCGGGCUCGGCCGCGGGGCUUCGGCCGGGAAGCGCGCAGCCUCUGGGCGAAUUCAUCUGCCAGCUCUGCAAGGAACGCUACCCGGACCCGCUGGCUCUGGCUCAGCACAAGUGCUCGCGUAUCGUGCGCGUCGAGUACCGGUGUCCGGAGUGCGACAAGCUCUUCAGCUGCCCGGCCAACCUGGCCUCGCAUCGCCGAUGGCACAAACCCCGGCCAGUCAACGAAAUUAUGUUGGCCAAAGUUUACUCCAUUAAGAUUGCAAGGGCUGCAGCUAUUAAAUACCUAAUUGCAGAGUUGAAAAAGAAAACUUUUGUGCCUUUUAGUAGUUAA